AUGCGUCAUACUUGCUUGAGUAGCCAGACGAUUGCCCCCACAACGGUUGGGACGAUUACCACCGUUCAGCCUACAGUGACGAAAUCCUGUGGAAAUCUCCAUCGACCCAUACCUGGAGGCUUUUCAUCACCUCUGCCUGACCUCCCCCCGAAACCACACCGUAGAGAACCAUCCCCUGACCUCGACAGCAUAUCCUCCGAGAGUUCACACGACAGUCCUCCUAAAUCUAACCCCAAACCAGGGGUAGAUCGUCCUCGGAUCAAAAAUGUCGUCCUUUUCGGAGAGACUGGUGUAGGGAAGAGCUCGGUCAUCAACAUGAUCAGAGAGGGGAUUACCACGGCUCUCGACGACCAGGGUGCCUCGAGCACCCAUGGCGAGGCUCUCGUUUCGAGUAGGGCCGUUGGUUGCACCUUCUCCAGCCAGGGCUAUCCGGCCGUCUUGGACGGGGAGGAAUACCUCUUCUGGGACACCGCCGGGCUCAACGAGGGCCAGCGCGGCUCAGUCAACCACGAACAAUCGACAUCCAACCUCGCCUCCCUCCUCAAGGGUCUCGAAGGAGGUAUACACCUCCUCGUUUACUGUAUUCGCGGAAGACGUUUCCGACAGGUCGUCAAGGACAACUACGAUCUCUUCUUCAAGAUCGUUUGCCAGGGAAACGUCCCGAUCGUGUUGGUGGUGACUGGGCUCGAGUGCGAAGAACCCACGAUGGAGAGUUGGUGGGAGAAGAAUCAGCGAGAGUUCAAGAAGUACGGGCUUUGGUUUGAUGAGCAAGCGUGCAUUACUGCAACCCGUGGUAAGGCGCUGAAAGAAGGAGGAUUUCAGUUUGACGAAGAAUACGAGGAGUCCCGCGAGAAGGUUAGAGAUGUCAUUAAAAAAUAUGCUGCGGCCACGGGUUAUGAAGUUGUCCGCCGCACAACCAGUAACUCCAUCGGAUUACGCGACGCAGUCGAGGUGUCAACAUCGGAUUCGCACAUGAACGGGCAUCUUGGGACAUACUCUGGAAAGGACGAACUAGAGCUCGCCGCUGAAGAGAUAUCGUAUUACACCAAUGUCCUUGUUCAGCAGAUCAAGAGGUUCCUUCGAUGUUUGCGAUAG